GCCGCUGGUGUGAGAAUCAACAGAUCUACACAUCUACUGAUAGCUGGAGAGCUAAAAUACUUUAACGCAUCUCUCAAAAAAGGGGGGAUUCCGAUUUAUUUACACUUCUUUUUGGACGAGCGCCUUUGACGGACUAUCGGACUACAUUAACUAUCGGAUCCGUUUGUGAUCUUGCUUGUUUGCAUACCACCUUUUAUCAACCUGCUUGGACUGAUAGCCAUUUAACACCGUUUUACGCAAAGAUGCUUAACAACAUGGAUUUAAACUCUCAAGAUUCUUUCUACUCUCAGUAUGAAAGCUGUAACACUUCUGCUAUCGGGGUGGAAAGUCACAGCUCGAAAGACAACCAGGAUGUCUUCGUGGAUGCUGGAAGGACGGCACCUGGCCAGUUUGCGCACGCAGGUGCGCUUAUUACCCCUAAAACGGAGCCCACAAGUGGUACAGACCAGUAUAACUCUUGUCAUGGUCCUAAAGAGAGCUACGCAACCUCCUUGGCAUACUCAGGCAGUUUCUAUGUGGAAACAUCUCAAGGAGCGCCGUGCAGCACGGAAACAUUGCUCAACAUGAUAACCGAAAUCGUUGGCAUCUCAACAACCCCGGUGUCGGAUACCCGUCAGGGCGCGGACGGUGCUAUAAAUGGCAGUCAUUCCUCUGUGGCCAGCGGCAGUAGCAGUUUUGGCGACGAGGCGGUCCAGGGACAGGCCUCCCCGCAGCUUUAUUCCCCGGGACAGGCAAGCCACAAUUACCCGGACUCCCAAAGCACGCCGCAGGCCCAAGACUCUACCGCAUCGCUGAACUUUUGCUCUUCUCAAGCCUCUACGCAUGACGCGGAGCCGCCGUCUGAAACCGCAACAUUCCCCGUGGUGAUAAAAAAUGAAUUUGAAAGCAGCUGUUACGAGUGGGCAACUUUCAAUAAGUCCGAUAACUAUUUGGAUGCUGGCUUCCAGACAGAGGGGUUCGCAAUGCCCAAUAGUUUUUCAACCGAUCAACAGGUGAAAGAGCUUUUGGACUCUUAUUCUCCCAUAUGCCCAAAUCCAGAGAUCGAAUUUAAAGUGGAAGGCACUCUUAAGCAGGAGCAGUGCUUUGAAGGUACUUGCACACAAGGUUUUAACGCCCCCAUGUUUAACUACUCUGCUCCAGUUAUGGAUAUCCAAUCCAACAAUAUUUUGAAACCCACCAUGUUUCCAAAUAUUGAACUCCAGUCUAGCUGCGACACAACCUACUCGACCUCAACAAUAGACUCCGUUUUGUAUUCAUCUUUAUUACCGGAGUCCUUUAGCCAAACUUACACACGGGCUCAGAAACCGAACAGGGCGAGAAAGAGCCCUGCAACUUCCACCGGGCCCGCAAAAGAGAAACCAUUCACUUGCCCAAUGGAGACCUGCGACCGGCGCUUCUCUCGCUCGGAUGAGCUUAACAGACACAUCCGUAUCCACACGGGACACAAACCUUUCCAGUGCCGCAUCUGUUUGCGCAGCUUCAGCAGAAGCGACCAUCUGACCACGCACACUCGCACGCACACGGGCGAGAAACCUUUCUCUUGCGAUGUUUGCGGCAAGCGCUUUGCCAGGAGCGACGAAAGGAAACGACACGGUCGUGUGCACCUCAAACAGAAAGAAAAGAUGGAGUUAAAGCCACAAGUGGUUAAUACGUGGCCGUUCACUUUACCCGAAGCAAUUUGAUCGAGAAUUGCGCAGGGCAUUAUGAGCUCUUGCUGUGCUUGAUGUCACAUCUUACCGUCUUGGAAGAUUCAAGCUUUCUCAAACAGUUAUUUAAGCUACAGAUUACGACUCCAAAGCUCAACAUUGAACGUUGUGGCAAUUGUUGCAGGCGACCCGUAUGCGCGUAAAGGUCCACUGAGGUGACAGAUCGCCCCUUCUUGAAUGGGGAAAUCGAGUUUAAAGACGGACCUCCCAUAAUGAACCUUGCAUGCAGCUUGCUGUAUAUGCAGCAAGUGCAUAAUAUUGUGGGUCUUUUAUUGUUUCCUCGGCCAAUGUAUUUUUUUUUCGGGGAGCGUGUGUUGCAGAGCACAUGGACUGAAGUUCAGCACUUUUACUAUGGAACAGCUCCAACCUCGACCUUGCAUUGUAAUGCGGUAGUAAAGCGCACAGCUGGAAUGUAUUGCACUUAUCUCCACUUUCAGACUUAAAAGUGUUUUAUUUCGUGCUUUUUGGUCUUUUCUAUACGCUGUCACAUGUUUAAGAAAUCUUUAACAUGCAUGUAAAUGUUUGAGUAAAAUUAAUAAUCUCUGAUGGAUGCACAGCAGAAAUCUGAUUUACCUCGUUUUACAACAUGGUGACAUUAUUUGGUUAGUUUGUGCCAAGGUUUUUACAACGUAUUUCCCCCUUUAUAAAUGUUUUAUUUUGUUGCUAUGCUUUCGAAUGGUAAUUGUGUUGUACAACUAAAGACUUCAGUUCUACUAUUGUCAAAUCUAGACAGCAAGUGAGAAGAAAUAAAUCAAUUUAUAUGGCAAUGAUCAUUUGUAUUUUUCUAACAACUGCUAGUUUUUACAUUUUAUCUGAUAAACAAUUUAUAUCUUUAUGUACAAUGUGUCCAGGGUGUUAUAGAAAACACAGACCAUUCCAAAAAGAUGGCCAUAAUUCUGAUAGCAUCUAUUUGAAUGUAUUAAUCAGGUUUUAGUACCUUUGUCUGCUUAGGGUAUCUGUUAUUCGAUAACAGAUACUCAGUUUUUUACCAGAUCAAAUUUGUGUAUUCAUAUUUGACCUUGUGACCCUAAUUAUAAGUCAUAAAUCACUUAGAUUUUCCAGCUCACAUGACUCCUUAUAUUUAGUAUAAUAAUGUGAAGAAAGUAGAAUAGCACAGGGUUUCAAAUUGAUGUUGAGUGAUUAGAAAGCAUACAUUUCUUCAGAUUUCUAUAGUUCUUUCACAUGAUAUUAGAAGAGUUUUGACAUGCCUUUCAGACUAAAAGCUUUUGUAUUGUAAUAGCUGAAUUAAUCAAUCACAGUAAAAGGGAUAUGUAGAAGAAAUGCGAACUUGCCUUAAGUUAUGAUAAUUAUACUGGAGAACUGAUUUUGUACAUAUCAAGACGGUUUAUACGCAAUACUUUGGAUGAACAUUGAUGUUUGUUAUUUUUAUGACAAAUAUUUAUGAAUAAAACAAUUUCUU